CAGUCACACCGUCCAGUCAUCUCAUUUCUUUUAUUGUACUCAAAUAUAAAUUAUACAAAAUUAAAAACAAAGUAAAACAUUUUUAAACAGAGAUUCAAAAGUCAGUGUUAAAAAAAUAGAAACCAUUCGACUUCGAAACACAAACAUUUUUACUUGGCAAACAAUGUAUUUUUAAAUUUAUGUGAAUGUUAUAAAUAGGUAAAGGUGGAUGAAAAGAAUUUUUAUUUUAAAGUAGCGAUUCCAGCUUAUUUACCACUUGAACGAAAAUAGUAAGUACUUAUGCAAAUUAAUUGAUGAUUGGGAAUGUCUUUAGAAGAACAAAAUGAAGUCAAGCACAAACUAUAUUCCUCAGACAAAUCCCCAUUGUUACGUACACUUUCAAUCCCUGAAGGAAUUCUGUAUAGAAAUGGUGAAUACGUGAAAAGUAAAAACGUCUUUUCUGUUAAUCAUGCAAACUCUGCAGAAUACACUCGUCCAUCUUCAUCACCCACAUAUAAAUCAGUUAGAGAUAAAAAGAAAUCUUCAAACGAACAAAAUUACUCGAAUAAAGUAUUUCUUUAUGAUUGCAAAAAUGAGCAGCAGGAUAUAGCUGCUAUGUCUGUGGGGAGUUUGUACCGAAGUGCGGAAGAUUUGGAGUCAGAUUUAGAUACUGAUAAGGAUUUUAUGGACGGAACUCAGUCAAAACCAGAAAUUGUGAUAAAGCAAAAUUCUUCCAGAAGUGAGUAUUUCUUACCAAAUAAUAUUGAGGCUCCAUACCGAAAAGAAUCUAGUCACAUUGCAACUAAAUGUGCAAAACCAAAGAUAUUUUUUAUUGAUGGGAUAAGAUCUGUUGAUUUCGUAUUAGUUUGGGAUGCUUUUGGUGAACAAUCAGUAACUCCAGAAGCAUACGUCAAAAGACAAAUUUUUGAAAAUAAUUUGUUGAAAGAAGGCCUUGAGAUUGAAUAUGAAGCACAAGCACAAAAUGGGCUUAAUUUUAUUAAGAUUCAUGCACCCCGAGAAGUGUUGAGAAGAUAUAGUGAAAUUUUGAAAUUGAGGAUGCCUAUGAGAGAGGAAUUAUGUAGUAAUCCAAAGGAAUGCCAACAAUCUAAUGUGUUAAAUAAUAUUAGUAAGAAGAUUCCAGCACUUAGACAGGUAUCAACUCAGACAAAUUUUCUAGUAGAAGGGAUAAAUAAUCAGUGGGACAAAAUAAAAUCUUGGAUUUUUGUAGAUAAAAAGACGUUUCCUGAUAAGGGACAUCGAUUCACUGCAAUUUAUAGCCGAGACAGGGAAUACUUGUUUGAUGUAAAUUCUCCUUGUUUUUUUACAUCAGCGAUCCAUUCAAGAAUUAUACAAUUUAUUUUAGAUAGAAAGAAAUUUAGUAAUAACCCUCAGAGUGAUUUUUCUUUUGGAAUCGAAAGGUUGUUGGAUGAAAAGGCGUACCUAGCUGGGUAUCCACUUCACGAUGGAGAUCUGAAAAUACCUGGUUCCACACGUAACUUACUUUAUACAGAAUGGGCAUCCAUUUGUAAAUGGUACAGAUAUCAACCUCUCGAUUGCGUGAAGGAAUAUUUUGGAGUGAAAAUAGCCCUGUAUUUCGCGUGGUUGGGUUAUUAUACACACAUGCUGACACCCGCGGCACUGGUUGGUGUAGCUUGUUUUAUUUAUUCCUGUGCCACACUGUAUAACAAUCAACCCAGUGAGGAUAUUUGUAACCAAAAAAUUAAAGAGAAAAUGUGUCCACUGUGUAAUGUUUGGUGUGACUAUUGGGAUAUAAAGGAAUCUUGUGUACAUGCUCGAAUUACCUACCUCUUUGACAAUGCUACGACAGUGUUUUUUGCUGUAUUUAUGUCUGUGUGGGCUACAUUGUUUCUGGAAAUGUGGAAAAGGUAUUCUGCGGAAAUAACCCAUCGCUGGGAUUUAACAGGUUUUGAUAUACAAGAAGAACACCCGAGACCCCAGUAUUUAGCCCGUCUUUCCCAUGUGAAACGAAAACAGGUUAACGUUGUUACUAAUACCAUGGAACCUCAUGUGCCUUUUUGGAGACUCCGUGUUCCGAUGACAAUUUUCAGUUUUUCAGUGGUUCUGUUAUUAGUUACUUUAGCCUUAGCUACUGUAGUGGCAGUAGUUCUUUAUAGGAUGUCAAUUUUGGUGUCUUUGAAAACUAUUAAUAAAUCAUCACCUAUAUUGGUCACCAACAGUUCAGCAAUGUUAAUUACAACUAGCACUGCCGCUUGUAUCAAUUUAGUUUUCAUCCUCAUAUUUAAUUAUAUCUACACGUUUGUUGCGGAAUACUUAACAGAAUUUGAAUUACUGAGGACACAAACAGAAUUUGAUGAUUCUCUUACGUUAAAAAUUUAUUUGCUUCAGUUUGUUAAUUACUAUGCUUCAAUUUUUUAUAUAGCAUUUUUCAAGGGAAGAUUCGUAGGAUAUCCAAAAGAUUAUAACACAAUAUUUGGAUAUCGCCAAGAAGAGUGUGGUCCGGGAGGUUGCUUAAUGGAACUUUGCAUUCAGUUGGGAAUCAUCAUGGUCGGUAAACAAGCCAUGAAUACUGUGUUAGAAAUGUUGUUUCCUUUGUUUUUUAAAUGGUUGAACACUCUGAAAGUCAAAACUGGUUUGUCUAAGGAUAAACUUUCUAAUAAAGGUUAUCGACCACAGUGGCUGAAGGACUACAAAUUGGUGGAAUGGGGACCGAGAAGUUUAUUUCCUGAAUACUUAGAAAUGGUUCUACAAUAUGGUUUCGUUACCAUAUUUGUAGCUGCAUUUCCAUUGGCUCCAUUUUUUGCCUUAUUGAACAAUAUUCUAGAAAUGAGAUUGGAUGCGAAGAAAUUGCUAACUUUUUAUAGGAGACCAGUCUCUCAGAGAGUUAAAGAUAUUGGUGUAUGGUAUAGGAUAUUAGAUUCCAUAGGAAAGCUUUCUGUAGUUACUAACGGUUUUAUUAUAGCCUUCACCUCAGAAUUUAUCCCUAAAUUAGUUUACUUGAGUCAGCACCAUACUUUAGAUAAUUAUUUGAACUAUUCGUUGUCAUACUUUAAGACAGAUGAUUUUCAUAAUGAUUCCAAACCUCAAAAUUCAUAUGAAGAAAUUUGCAGAUAUCCGGAUUAUAGAGAACCCCCCGAUACUCCUAAUGAAUAUGCCAGAACGUCAAUGUACUGGCAGAUUUUAGCAGCAAGAUUAACGUUUGUGGUUAUUUUUGAAAAUAUUGUCGUUUUUGUGAUGAUAGUUGUGAAGUGGUGUAUUCCGGACGUACCUGGAGAACUCCGUGACCAAAUUAGACGCGAGAAUUAUGUUACAAAUGAAAUAAUAAUCAAGCAGGAAACAAUAAGGGCACAAAAUGGACAUUUGUAUGCAUCACCUAAGAAAAUUGAAAAGAUCCGGAAUAUAAAUGAAGCACCUGCUAGCCCGGAGCAAUGGGAUCGACUGAUUAGUAAGUCUUUGUCAGGCAGUGAAUUUGAUUUGUUAGUUCAUCAUAAAGAACACGAAAAUUCCGGACCCUCUGGAGUGCAAUCUCCUUCAUCUGUAUGAUUUUAAGUUCCUAAACCUAGUCUUCGUACAUAUUUUUGUACUACAAGUGCAAUAACCAGUGUACUUAGUUUUAUUGAUUAUUUUUCUGACGGAUUGUUGUUGGUGUUAUACAGAGAUAUACAGAGCGUUCAUAAAUUAUU